UGUGCGAGCAGAGGCUAUAGCCUCCUCUUUGUUUGUUCUGCCAUAAACCCGCCCAUACCCCGCGGCCACGUCGCGCGUGUGAUGGUACAAAUGCACAAUGCCACUGGCGGCUCGCUAGACGCCAGCGCUCCCACUUACUGCCGCGGCAUGGUUCCUUCCGGCGCCGUCGCGUUCCGCGGCGACCCACCCGGCCCAGCGGCGGGCCGCCGGGACGACGGCGGCUACGAGAACCGGGUCCUCAUCCCGCUGUUCCUCGCCUCCGCCCUGCUCUUCUUCGUGACCUACCAGCUCUUCGGCCUCGCCGCGGCCGGCGGCGUCUUGGCGCUCUUCGUCGGCCUCGCGCUCGCCGCCCACCGCGUCAGGCUCUCCCGCGGCUUCCCCUUCCUGCACCUGUCCUGGGACGUGGUCCCCGGCGGCGGCGGCGGCGGCGGAAGCCUGCUGUUCCGCCCUCGCGCGGCCGCCGGGAUGGACGCGGCGGCGAUCUCGGCGCUCCCGGCGGCGUUCGGGUACAAGCGGGACGAGCACGCCGCGGCGACGGGGUGGGCGCAGUGCGCGAUAUGCCUGGACCUGGUGCGCGCCGGCGAGGCCGUGCGGCGGCUGCCGGCGUGCGGGCACCUGUUCCACGCCGGGUGCGUCGACAAGUGGCUGCGCGCGCACGCGACGUGCCCGCUGUGCCGCACCGCCGUCGCGGCGCAGGAGCUGCCCAUCUAGCGCCGGCGUGGUGUUUCUUGGGAGGAUUCUCUUCAUUAGUGCUGAGCUUAUCAGAAUUCUGACGACAAUGAAUCAUGAAACCAUUUCCGUGUGUAGUGAAAUACUAUUAUUAGCUGAGUUAUAUUAAUCCGAGACAUGGUGCGCGAAAUGUGCGUGGAAAUUGUUCGAGAACAUUAUUGGGGGCGGGGGCUGAUGACCCUGAUCAUAGUUAGAGGUGGUAAUGGGUCAUGUCAUGACUCUAGUGGGCCUCUUCAUAUCCCAACAAUGUCAUUAAA